CCUUAUUGACUGUUCCUAUUGGCUGUUAUCAUUUCAAGCAAAGAAACGCCCUAGGAAAGUUAGUUCUCACACAUUUAGUGUAUGGAAGCUUAGGAAGUUCGAAUAUGUUCUAAAAGAAUUAUUAGAUAUCAGAAGACAAAGACGAAUUAACUGAAAACAAUGGAGUUGAGUUUUCAUGAAAAAUUGAAGACUCUUCUAUCAUUUUGGCUAUUUAUUCUUAUCUGCAACUCAUUUAACACUCUAGCAGGUGCAGCAAGCAUGACUCUAGUUGCUGUUUUUGAAGAAGAGUAUCCAAUAGCAAAAGAUGUUGUAGAGAAAGUUUUUGAUUAUUACAUAAAAGAAGAAUUUCCAGACAUAGAUAUUCAAUAUUCAAGUGUAGUAAUUCAGGAUGGUUCAACAGAAACUUCAGUUUGUCAGAAAAUAGUGAGCAAUAAUCCUACUAUUUUGAUUGAUACAACACGAAAACCAAGAUCCAUAGGUAAUCGAGCAGGUACACUGAUAAAGAAGGUUGUCCGUAGACUAGGUAUUCCAACAGUUAGUGCAACCUAUGGAAAAAUGAAAGGAAUUAUGGGAUGGGAAAACUUGGAUGAAAAUGAAAAACAGUAUCUCGUCCAAAUUGCGCCACCAGGAUACAUCAUACCACAAGUUGUAAGAGACAUAGUAUCUCACCAAAAUAUGACAACAACAGGAGUUUUGAUUGAUGAAAACAUAGAACUUGAUCAAAAAUCUUCAACACUUCUUCAAAAUAUUGCAACACGCGCCAACAUUCUUCCGGUUAAACCUGAUAGACAAAAAAUUCAGGAAGAACUAGUGAAAAUGAAGAGUAGUGAUACAGCGUAUUUUUUUGUCAUUGGUCCAUCAAAUACAAUUAAUUAUGCCUUAGAAAUUGCCGAAGCAAGCCACAUGACUGGACGAGAAUAUGCUUGGUAUUUCGUUUCAUUGGAUCCAGAGCAGCCACGAUGUAAUUGCAAAAAAUUUUCUGCUUUGUGGAUGACACCUCGCCCUACUGCUAGUAAAGAGAAAGUGGAAAGAUUAGCUAAUAUGUUUAAAAAAUCUUUAUCAGAGGUAGAAAUCGCUUUCUACUAUGAUCUUGUUUUCCUGGUAGUCCAAACAGUGAAAAACAAAAUAAAUGCAGGAGAUUGGCCAACUCAAUUAUCUUAUCCUUCUUGUUCAACGGAAGAUAAAAUAGAUCCGAAUGAACGGAGUUCAGUAAAACUUCUAAAUGCUCUUAAACAAGAAGCGUACGAAGGAAUGUUCGGUCCUUUCAAAAUAACAGACACUGAUAGCAGCUAUCAAGAAUUAUCAUUAUUCAUGCGAAAUAUAUCAUUCUCAAACAAUGUAAUAGCAAAACCUAAACGAAUCGGAAUAUGGACUUAUGGUCGACCAACGGGUAAAAUUAAGUUUGAACCAGGAAGCGAUCUGAAGAACUUUACUGCUAUUACAGUAUAUCGUGUAACUACUCUCGAGAUUCCCCCAUUUAUCUAUAAACAUGUGGACGGAAAUGGAACUGUAACAUUCUCAGGCUACUGCAUUGAAUUAAUUGAUAACAUAAAAGAAAUAUUAAAUUUUGAAUAUACUAUUACUGAAACAGAAGAUAAGAAAUUUGGCACUAUGGAUGAAAACCUAGAAUGGGAUGGAAUGAUUAGAGACUUAAAGGAUAAGAAAGCAGAAAUUGCUCUUGGUCCAAUAUCAGUAAUGGCAGAAAGAGAAACUGUAGUAGACUUUACGGUGCCUUACUAUGAUUUAGUUGGUAUAAGUAUAUUGAUGAAAAAACCAUCAAUACCAUCAUCACUUUUCAAAUUUCUCACUGUACUCGAAGCAAAUGUAUGGAUGUGCAUACUUGCAGCAUACUUCAUAACAAGUUUCCUCAUGUACUGCUUUGAUCGCUUAAGUCCUUACAGUUACUUCAACAACAAAGAAAAGUAUAAAGAUUUUGAUGAUGAAGAGAAAAGAGAUUUUACUUUAAAAGAAAGUCUUUGGUUUUGUAUGACAUCGUUAACACCCCAAGGGGGUGGUGAAGCUCCUCGUAACUUGUCUGGAAGAUUAGUUGCAGCUACCUGGUGGCUAUUUGGUUUCAUUAUUAUAGCUUCUUACACUGCCAAUUUAGCUGCUUUUCUCACUGUAUCACGUUUGGAUUCUCCCAUUGAAUCUCUUGAUGAUCUCGCAAAGCAAUAUAAAAUAAAAUAUGCACCACAAAUGAGCACAUCUGCAGCAACAUAUUUUGAAAGAAUGGCAUAUAUUGAAGAAAAAUUCUAUGAAAUAUGGAAAAAUAUGUCCUUGGACGACUCUCUAAAUGAAACGGAAAGAGCUAAGUUAGCUGUUUGGGAUUAUCCAGUGAGUGACAAAUUUACAAAAAUUUGGUGGACCAUGCAAGAAACUGGCAUGCCUAAAUCAUUUGAGGAUGGAAUACAAAAAGUGAUGGAAUCGAAAGGAUCUCAAGAGGGUUUUGCUUUCAUUGCGGAUUCAACUCAAGUAAAAUAUGCUGUUAUGACUAACUGUGAUCUGAUAUCUGUUGGAAGUGAAUUUAGUAGGAAACCACUUGCUCUUGCAGUACAACAAGGUUCUCCCUUAAAAGAUCAGCUAUCUAGUGCUAUACUGAAACUUUUGAAUCAAAGAAAACUGGAAGGCUUAAAAGAAAAGUGGUGGAAUAAAAAUCCAGCCAAACUAGAAUGUGAUGACAGUGAGCAACAAAGUGAUGGAAUUAGCAUUGCUAACAUAGGUGGCGUAUUCAUUGUCAUUCUUAUUGGAGUUGUACUUGCAGUAAUGGCCCUAGCAGUAGAAUAUUUCUUUUACAAAAACAAGAAGCAGAGCACGAAAGUAAUUACUGUAGAUAAAGUACCGAGAGACAGACUGCGAAAAAAAUAAUAAUCAUACAUUUAUUGUUCAUAUUAUUAACAAUGUUCAAUUACUGUAUUUCUGUAACAAUACUGUUAAUAAUAAUGUUCAUAUUAUUAACAGUAUUAAAAAAAAAAAGAGAAAAAUAUUUGAAAUACAGGGAAAAUAUUUUUAAGGUGUUAAUGACUUUAAAAAACAAAACAUACCAAAUACUCUAUGUCACAUUUGUAUUUCUUGAUAUAAAAUUUGAAAUAAUGUAUUUCACAAAUUCAAGUAAUGAUAAAUGUUUGCAUUUGUAAUUGUUUGAGUAAAGUAAUUUAAAAUAUAA